AUGGACGAUAGGUACGGCCGGUCAGGUAUGGCUGACCGGAGGCACGAGUUUGUGGAUCUGGGAACGGAGGAACGGAGAAUAUGGCCGACGAGGAAAGGCGAGGAAGAAUCACUAAGGAUUGAGGCGAGGACGUCGGCUUAUCUUACCGAUCCUUUCGGUCGUCCGGCGAUUGAUUUCGAUCAUGGUAAGGAGCCGCAAGGAGCUAUUGAUUCCAUGGUGUGGAUAUCGAACCUUCCGAACGACGUCAGGGAACGAGACAUAGCCUCUCUAAUCGGAGAGGUUGCUGAAAUUCAGAUGGAUCCUGAGACUCGAGGACUGAAGACAAAGCUACAUUUUAACGGAAGGAACGGUGUGGUGGCGGAAGUGUGGCUUCAGAAGCCGGGUUCAGACCAGCAUGUCGUGAAGUGGUUCGACGGGUAUGUCUUCCAAGGCCUUCGCAUGAAGGUUACCUUGGAUCCUCCGCCAAACUUCACCUCCGCGUUCAAGCCUGAUAUCCCGAUAGCAGCAGCCGACCGCCUGGCUUCCUCCGCUCCCGAACGACUCAGCGGGUUCUCUGAUCGUCCCGGUAUGCCGCUUUCAGAUCGACUCGGGUUACCAGUCGCAGAUCGUCUAGGGUUACCUGUUACAGAGCGGCUUGGUGGUCCUAUGACUGAUCGGCCGGGUGGUUCCGUUUUGGACCGGCUUGGGAGACCGGCAGGCUUGGUUUCAGGGUCCCCCAUUGGAGGCCCGGUACCGGACCGCGUGAGAGGUCCGGUUACAGAUCGCUUAGGAGGUUCGGUACCAGACCGCCUUGGAGGCUCGGUAUCAGAUCGCCUCGGAGGUCCGGCAGCGGAUCGCCUAGGGUCGUCGGGCUCGGAUCGCCUCGGAGGACCUCUUCCGAACAGGCUGGGUUAUGGUUCUUCUCGGGGAGAUGACGUGGCAGAUGGGUACGGGAACAGCCGCAGGAACGCAGGGAGCGCGUUGGACGCGAGUCGCAGGAGCAGCUUCGGAGAAGAUUCCGAUGUGGGAGGGCUGCAGCAGUUGCGGCACGACAUGGGGCUGCAGCGGCGGGAGCUGUCAACUGGCGGAACGCUGCUCGCCGUCCGCGGAGCGGGCGACGAUGAGGCGGGCGGAGGUGGCGGAAUGGGUGGGAGUGGCGGAAUGGGUGGGAGCGGCGGAAUGGUUGGCGUUGGCGGAAUGAGUGGUAGCGGAGGUGUGAGUGGUGCCGCGGGGAUGAAUAGAGGGGCAGGUGACGGCUACGGCGGGCGUGGAAGCAGCGAUCUUGAUCGGAUGGCAUCUCCGCCGUUGAAUGCCGUUGUGUCAUCACCAGCGGGCGCAGGGGGGACGCGCGGAAGCGGAUCAGGAAGACCUAGGCGGUUGGACUCUCCCGACCGUUACUCAUCACGGGAAGAUGCGCGGGAUGGGGGGAGGGAUCCGGGGAGAGACGGCGGAAGGGAUGGGGGGAGAGGCGCCGGAAGGGAUGGGGGGAGAGAUGCGGGGAGGGACGGGGGAAGGGAUCUGUAUGGCAGAGGAUCGCCGCGCGGAGGACCGAUCGGGGGAAUGCGGGAGAUGGAGCAGCGGCGGGGGGAGAUGGAGGGAUUCGCGGAGCAGCAGCGGAUGGAGGAGCUGGUCGCUGCGGGCAUGGGGCUCGCGGGGCUUCCGCCGGGGGCGCACGUAGCGGCCGCGCAUUUCGGCGCGCGCAUGGGCAUGGGCGGAGGGUUCAUGGGCCCCCGCGGGAACCCGAACGUGCAGCCGCGCGAGGGAGACUGGAUCUGCGUCGAACCCAUGUGCGGCAAUCUCAACUUCGCCCGCCGAGUCCGCUGCCACCAAUGCGGCAUGCCUCGCCGCGAGCAGCCGCCCAUAGUCCCCAUGCCCUUCGCGCCCGACCUCCCCAUCCACCGCAUUGGACCGCCUCCAAUCCCUCUCCAUCCCUUGGGACCCAUGAGAGGCGCAGGCGACGGGCCAGGGUUUGGCAUUCUGGACGGGCAUGGGUUCCCGGGGGGACACUCGGGGAGAGGAGGCGGUAGGGAUGGGGGUUUCCUGCCUGGCGGUGGUGCUGGGGGUGGUGGUGGUGGUGGCGGCAGGGAGUAUGAUAGGAGUGGCAGCGGCAGGGAGUAUGGUGGGGAGAGCGGUAGGGGGGGUGGCCGCCGGGGGGAGUAUGAUGAACAGCCGAGAUCUGGCGAUGGUGGGAUGCUGGAGGGGAGGGGCGGCGGAGGGGGGUACGAUGGGGGCAGGAGAGGGGGGAGUGCGCGGGAGGAGUAUUUGGGUCCGGAGGGGGGGUAUGGGAUGGAGAUUCAUGGGCGGGGGAGGGAGUGGAUGGGCGGGAGGGAGAGAAUGAUGGGCCGAGGGGCAGCUUGGGAUGCCAUGGGUGGUGGUAUGGGGCAUGGGGGGCAUGGGGGGCGUGGGGGACAUGGGGGGCAUGGGAUGAUGCUGGGUCUGAGAGGGAGGGAUGAUGUGAGGCCGGGUGGCAGGGACUGGGAUCUGGAGAAGGAUCGGGCACUGGAGAGGGCGCGAGAGAGGGAGAUUAUGAAGGAGAGGGAGAGGCGGAAGGGGAGGGAGCGGGGGAGGGAGAAGCUGGGGGAGCGGGACAGGGGGCAGGAGGGGAGGGAGGGAAGGGAGCGGCGCGAGAGAGGGUCGGAGGAUGAGCGGGAGAGGGAUCGGGAGCGGGACCGUGACAGGGAGAGGGAGAGAGGGAAAGGUGGAGAGGCGAUGGGAGGGGGUAGAGAGGGCAAUGGUAGGGCGGAGGGUGGCGGGGAGAGGAGGGAGGAAGGGGCAAGGCGGAUGCAGUCUCCUGAGAGGCGUGCGGUGAAAGGGGAUGGGGGGAAGGAGAGGGAGCGGAGCCGCUCCCCCCGUCCUCGGCGAUAA